CCCCCCGCCCGUCCUAUGCCAAUGGUAUCGCCCGGCCGCCGACUGCGGCGCGGCGCUGGCGGAGCGGGAGGGGCGUCCUGCGCCCUCCUGUUGCCAUAGCGACUGCGGGGAGCCGUCCACCCCGCCCCGCCCGGCGCCGGGACACGUCGCCGCGGAGCCGCCGCCGGUGCCGCGCCCGCACCGCUGAGGAGCUGCCGCGGGAGGUCGGCGGGGCCCUUCCCAGUUUACCAGGAAAUUUCACCUUUCUAUGAGAACCUAAGAUGGAUCCAGAAGAGCAGGAGUUAUCUGGUGAUUACAGAUACAGAAAUUAUUCUUCAGCAAUUGAGAAAGCUUUGAGAAACUUCGAAUCAUCAAGUGAAUGGGCAGAUCUUAUAUCUUCCCUUGGCAAACUCAAUAAGGCUCUUCAGAGUAACCUGAAGUAUUCGCUAUUGCCAAGACGUCUGAUCAUCAGUAAAAGAUUAUCUCAGUGUUUGCAUCCAGCGCUGCCUAGUGGAGUACAUUUAAAGGCACUAGAAACCUACGAAAUAAUCUUUAAAAUUAUUGGGACAAAAUGGCUUGCCAAGGACUUAUUCUUGUACAGCUCUGGUUUAUUUCCUCUGCUGGCAAAUGCAGCCAUGUCAGUGAGGCCUGUUCUCCUUGGUCUGUAUGAGAAAUACUUUCUUCCUCUCCAAAAGUCUCUCCUACCUGGUCUUCAAGCCUUUGUAAUUGGGCUGCUGCCUGGAUUGGAAGAAGGAUCAGAAAUUUAUGACAGAACAGAUGCUUUGCUUGUGAAGCUCUCCUUAUUAAUGGGCAAGGAAGUGUUCUAUGGAGCACUUUGGGGCAGUGUUCUGGUCAGCCCAUCCAUCAGGCUGCCUGCUUCUCUCUUUGUUGUUGGUCAUAUCAACAGAGAGCUGUCUGGAAAACAACAGAAGUACAUGCUCGGCACUGAUUAUAAGCUCACAAUAAAGUCUUUGUGUGUAUCAGUAUUGGAUUCAAAUGUCCUUGUGCAAAGAAACACUCUGGAAGUGAUUCUGUUCUUCUUCCCAUUUUAUACAGCCAUGGACUGCAACGAAAGCACUAUCCUAUUGCACAGGACUGAUUUAGUCUAUAUUCUCUCAUCAGCUACACAGACACUGUUGAGGAGAGACAUGUCACUCAACAGAAGAUUGUAUGCAUGGUUGCUAGGCUCUGAUAUUAAAGGGGGUACUUUUGCUCCAGACGCUACAACUUCUGAAGACCAUGCUAUUUAUUUUUUUGGAAAAUACUCCAAAGAUCUUUUAGUUGAGAGUUUGAUUGAAAUAUUACAUCAGAAAUUCUCAGAGUCUGAUAUGGAGGAACAGCAUCAAGCUUAUCUGAAACCUUUCCGCAUCCUGAUCAGUCUCCUUGACAAACCUGAAAUAGGGCCACAGGUUGUUGGGGAUUUGUUCCUUGAAGUGAUUAGAGCCUUUUAUUCCUACUGCAAAGAGGCACUUGGUUCUGAUCUCAAACUUAGCCACAAUCAAAGUGGCAACAUCCUUACAAGUGCAAUUAAAGAGAAUAAAAAUGCUUCAGAAAUUGUGAAAACAGUCAAUUUGUUGAUCACCUCCUUGAGCACAGAUUUUCUUUGGGAUUACAUGACCAGAUGUUUUGAAGAUUGUUUCAGAAACAAAUCUGCGAAGAUGAGAUAUCCUCUUGAAAACCUUAGCACUCCUCCUACAGUUUCAGAGCUCUGCACACUGUUGAUGUUUCUGCUUGAUGUGAUUCCUUUGGAACUCUACUCUGAAGUGCAGACUCAGUAUCUUCCACAGAUGCUCAGUUAUAUGGUACAGUCUCUCCUGGAAAACACGGAAAUACUAGGUUUACCAGAACUCACUCAUGCCUUAAAGACUUGCUUUAAGGUGCUGAGCAAAGUGCAAAUGCCACCUUCCUAUUUGGACAUUGAGACAGGCAGUGGAAAUGGGAGCCCUGUGAAAAAGGAAAAUGGGGACAUAACCUUGGAGACUAAGUCUGUAUUGCAGGAAGAGGAUGAGACUCUGUUCCCUCCCUUGAAGUCAGAAGACAGUGGCAUUGGUCUAAGUGCCUCUUCCCCAGAGCUCUCUCAGCACUUGGGGCUGCCAACUGUGACACUUGAGAGAGAUGAUGUCUGGAAAAAAGAGGGGAGCAUUCAGAAGACUUUGCAUUGUGUCCAAGAGCUGGUUGCCAAGUUUUCCAGUAAAUACAUUUUUGGGGUGCAGUUGCAAGAAGCAAGUACUGAAAGCAUCUCUGCAAUGCAUCUGGGUGGAAGAGAGAAAAAAGAGAAUGGCUACAGAUUACCUGAAAGUGCUAGCAAGAAAAAGAGCCCAUGGGAAGCCAGGCAAAUCGCUGUACCUCAGUUUAAACAAAUGCUUUCAGACUUGUUCUCAGUUCGAGGAUCACCGUUCAGGCACAAGAGUUCAAAUCCCAUUUCUUCCAAUCGCAACCCUGCAAGUCAAAAGGGAAAGGAGGAAGAAGAAUGGGACAUGGAGCAAGCGAUGCUUGUUCUGGGGCCCCUUAGAGGAGACUGCAAGGAAGCUUUUGCUGCGGCUUGUCACCUUUUGCUGGAUUGUACCACAUUCCCGGUCUAUCUUUCAGAAGAGGAGAUGGAACAGUUGUAUAUCUCUCUAUUUCAGAUUCCUGGUGGUGAUGCCAGCUUCCCUCUUUGGCUGAAGUCCUUAAUGACAAUUUGCUGCUGUGUAAAUGACUGCUAUGUUCAAAAUGUGUCCAUCUCCACACUGUUGGAGGUGAUCAACCAUUCCCAGUCCCUGGCGCUUGUGAUAGAAGACAGAAUGAAGAGGUACAAAGUCUCUGGCCACAACCCCUUCUUUGGAAAGCUGCAGAUGGUCACCAUUCCUCCUAUUGCUCCUGGAGUUCUAAAGCUCAUCUCGGAGAAAACAGAUUUCUACCAGAGAAUAGCAUGUGUGCUCUGGAAUCAGCUGAACAAAGAGACACGGGAGCAUCAUAUUGCCUGUGUGGAGCUGUUCUACAAGCUGCACUGCUUGGCACCAUCAGCAAAUAUCUGUGAAGACAUUAUCUGCCAUGCACUUUUGGAUCAUGAUAAAGGGACAAGGCUGGAAGCACUGUUCAGAUUCUCUGUCAUGUGGCAUCUGACCAGAGAGAUCCAAGGCAGCAGAGUGACUUCUCACAAUCGAUCCUUUGAUAGGUCUCUGUUUGUGGUAUUGGACAGUCUCAAUUGUUCAGAUGGCGCAAUUGGUGCCGCAGCACAGGGCUGGCUGAUCCGUGCUCUUUCACUUAAUGAUGUUGCACGGAUUCUUGAACCAGUCCUGCUGCUGCUGCUUCAUCCAAAGACACAGCGCACCUCCAUCCACUACAUCAAACAGAAAAAUUCAGCAGAAGAUAUACAUGAUUGGCUUCGCAAGAAAAAGGUCUCUUUGAAAGAGUCCGUUGGCACAUCUGAGAGCAGUUCUGAGGAAAACCUUCCACUGAGCCAGUUUACUACUGUGGAUAGAGAAGCUAUUUGGGCAGAAGUGGAAAAAGAUCCAGAGAAGCCCCAGUUAAAAACUGAGGAAUCCGAAAAUGAUACCUCUUGUAAUCCAGUAGCUUCAUGUGAGGCAGAUGGUGACCAAGAUAAUAGUGACCACACAGAAUCAGCUGACACCAGCACAGGCCAUGAUAGUGAAAAUACAUCCUCUUUUUCUCCUUCUCUGGAGCUGCAAGAAGUGAGCAAUGAGGAAAAUGAUAGUGCUGCAAUGAAUUGCAAAGAGAACACAAAGCAUGCAAGUUCCCUCAAUGCAUUCCUCCCUGAAAGCUCCAAAUCCAGCGUAGCACUGAAUCUUGUGCGUGCUGACUCUGAGAGGACUCAGGCAUCAGAAUCUUUGUCGAGUGAUGAAGAGGUGGACUUGGAGCUCCAGGAAAUUACCAAUUCUAGGUUGCUCAAGCAGCAGAAGGAAAAGCAGGAGAUGAUUGAGGCUUUGUUCAAACACAUGCUGUUAUAUUUGCAGCCUUACGAUUCAAAGAGGGUAUUGUAUGCUUUUUCUAUUCUGGAGGCAGUACUCAAAACAAACCCUAAAGAAUUUAUUGAAGCUGUAGCUAGUACUAGCAUGGAUACUAGCUCCACAGCACAUUUGAAUCUUAUUUACAAUCUUCUAGCUCGCCAUCAGGAAGCUCUUGUAGGACAAAGUUUUUAUGGCAAGCUUCAGACUCAGUCCCCAACCAUGUGUCCCCAUUCUCUUCUAAUAGAAUUGCUUACUUAUCUCUGUCUGAGUUUUCUGCGCUCAUAUUAUCCAUGCUACUUGAAGGUCACGCACAGAGAUGUGCUUGGCAACAGAGACGUUCAGGUAAAAAGUGUGGAAGUCCUAAUUAGAAUGAUGACCCAACUGGCUACCAUGGCAAAGUCAGCAGAGAAUAAGAAUCUAGAGUUCAUACACAAUUUGCUAGGAAGAUGCAAAAUUCAAGAGUUUGUUCUUCUUUCUUUAUCUGCAUCUAUGUACACAAGUCAGAAACGGUAUGAACUACUUACGGCAGAUACAGUUGUUAAUGUUCCUGAAGAAGAUCUCUUUGAAGAGAGCCUAAUCAACUUUGGGCAUGAUCAAAUAUGGAGCGAACACCCGCUCCAGAUUGAGUUGCUGAAGCUUUUGCAGGUAUUGAUUGUCUUGGAGCACCAUCUUGGGCAGACUCACGAGGAGCAGGAGAAUCAGCCAGACCUCUCUAAGGAAUGGCAGCAGGCCCUUAAUUUCCAGCAGGCCAUUGGUGCAAUGCAGUAUGUCUAUCCGCAUCCAAUAACUUCACAGGGAUUAUUUGUCUCUGCUGUUGUUAGAGGCUUGCAACCAGAGUAUGGCCAUGGGAUGCAUCCCACUUGGGUAGGCUUAGUUACAUGUUCCCUGCCGUAUUUUGGGAAGUCCUUAGGCUGGACUGUGGCACCAUUUGUUGUACAGAUAUGUAAAAACCUGGAUGAGCUUGUCAAACAGUAUGAAAAUGAAACUGUGAAGGCAUCUGUGAAAACAUCAGCAAGCUUAACUUCUAAAAGAGAAAAUGUUACACCUGAUUACCCAUUAACCCUUUUGGAAGGUCUGACAACCAUUGGUCACUUCUGCCUUCUGGAUCACCCUAAUCAAACUAAAAAGUCAUCCUGUGUAGCUGAACCCGCAAACCUGAGAAACGCGAGGAACGCCAUUUUGGAAGAAUUGCCUCGUAUCAUUAACACCAUGUCUCUUCUUUGGAGCAUUAUAAAGAGGGAAGACUCUCAAAAAAGGCCAACUGACUUCUUUGGAACAACUAAAGGCUCUUCUUCAGUCUACUUUAAAGCAACCAAAACAUUAAAAACUAAAAUAUUGGACUUCCUGAAUCCACUGACAGCACAACUUGGAAUCCAGUUGAUGGCAGCAAUUGCAACAGUAUGGAACAGCAAGAAACCUCAUAGGAAUCAAAGUAAAAUAAAGAUUGUUCCUGCAGCUAGUGCAUCUCAGCUUGUUCUUGUGGACUUGAUAUGUGCACUUAACACAUUGAAAACUGACACUAUAUUACAGCUAGUCAAAGAAGUAGUCAAGAAGCCAUCACAAAUCAAAGGCGAAGAGAAGUCUUCUCUUGUAGAUAUUCCGGCGCUGCAGUUCAGUUAUGCUUUCAUUCAAAGACUGCCUGUCUCAGCCUUGCAGGAUAACUUCCAGUCCCUAUUAGGACUUCUGAAGGAGUCUGCGCAGUUGAACUUGGCUCCUCCUGGACACUUUUUGCUUCUCAGUAUUCUGAAUGACUUUGUGACUAGAACACCUACUCUAGAAAACAAAAAAGACCAAAAAGACUUACAGGAGGUUACCCAAAAAAUCUUGGAGGCUGUAGGGACCAUUGCUGGUUCUUCUCUGGAACAGACUAGCUGGCUGAGCCGGAAUUUAGAAGUGAAAGCUCAACCUCAGAUUUCACCAGAUGAGUUCAACAUUGAAGAUGUGAAUGAUACAUCAGUGACACCAUCUUCAAUGGUUUCUGCCUCUGCUCCUUCAAUAUACAGUGUCCAAGCUCUUUCACUCCUUGCAGAAGUUCUUGCUUCUCUCUUGGACAUGGUUUACCGGAGCGAUGAGAAGGAGAAAGCUGUGCCAUUGAUUUCACGUUUGCUUUAUUAUGUAUUUCCUUAUCUACGCAACCACAGUGCCUACAACAUUCCCAGCUUUCGUGCUGGUGCUCAGUUGCUAAGCUCAUUGAGUGGAUAUGCCUAUACCAAGCGAGCCUGGAAAAAAGAAGUUCUUGAGCUAUAUAUGGAUCCAGCUUUUUUCCAAAUGGACACUUCAUGCACUCAUUGGAGAUCCAUUAUUGAUCAUCUUCUAACACAUGAGAAAACUAUGUUUAAGGAUUUGAUGAAUAUGCAGAGCAGCGCCUUAAAACUGUACCCAAGCUCUGAGCAAAAAGCAAUGUUGUUAAAGCGACAGGCUUUUGCUGUUUUUAGUGGAGAGAUUGAUCAGUAUCAUCUCUAUCUUCCCUUAAUACAAGAACGACUGACUGAGAACCUUCGUGUUGGGCAGACUUCUAUAGUUGCUGCACAGAUGUUUCUCUUCUUCAGAGUUCUUUUGUUAAGGAUUUCUCCUCAGCAUCUAACCUCAUUGUGGCCAAUUAUGGUAACUGAACUGAUUCAGACGUUUCUACAGCUGGAAGAAGAUUUAAAUGAGGAAGAUGAACCAUCAAAGAGCAACAGCAAAAUAAGCAGACAGAAAGUAUCGGGUGAUGGCAGUGGUUCCUUACUUUCUGACAUACAGCAGAAUGAGCUGUCCUUGUAUUUAUCGGCUUGUAAAUUUUUGGAUACAGCACUUUCAUUUCCAUCCGACAGGAUGCAGUUAUUUCAGAUGUACAAAUGGGCAUUUGUCCCAGAGAUUGACACAGAGGCAUGUACGGUGAAUUCUCAUCUGAUAGAAAAUAAUCAAGAAUGCAGACCACACAUUAUAAGAAUCAUGGAUCUGCUAAAGAAGAAAUAUGGGGAAACCAACAGUACUAAUGAGAGAAUUUCCCAAAGGCACAAGUUUCCUCUUUUGGACUUCCACUCUAUAUCUAGCAUCACCCAACUUGUACCCUUCUUCAAGACUCUAUGUUAUGCAUUUACAGCAAAGGGGAGUGAGUCCCAGAAUUCUCACACUUCUGCAUCUCUCUCUGUGGACUACCUUGGCAGUAAUGGCAUAAAGAUCUUGCAACAGCUUGAAGAGAGUGUUGAAUGUGACUUUCUUGAAAACAUGGAAAGUUAAGUCUCGUGGCAGAUGUUUCACUUGUGAUGAAUAAAUAGUGAAACAAAGGUAAAACAUUACUCAAGGCGGUGAAACUCCUGCAGUUCUUCACCGCCCCCCAGUUUUGAAACUUCAUUUUGGGGUUCUCUUCCUGCCGUCAUGGAGUGAGCUUCAAUAAUCCAGGCUUCCCAGUGGUGAUAAAAAGCAACAAUUUUUUUGUUCAGCUCCUGUGGGAGGAAAAAAGAAUACAGUUUAGUGGUAAUUUAUCAUAGUUACUGUAUUCUUUUACUUGCUUUUAAUGUGAAUGAUUAAAGAGGUUUUUUUGUAAAUAAAGGAAGAAUAUUUUUGACUUGGUGAAAGUAGAAACUGUACUGUUUGUUCAGUAGCUUCUCAUGUGAGUAUUUUAAACUGCUUUUGGAACUGUUCUGAAAGUAAAAUUAAGAUAAAGCUAAUAUUGCAUGUCACUGUACUAUCAGUUUGCAGAUAAGCCAUUUUCUGACAUUAAAGCCCAAUUCUACUUCUCCUCUCUUUAAUGUGUUCCAAAACUUAUGAACUUAACUUCUAAACAAGUCAUUUAAAUUUCAAACACAUAUUUUAUAAGUUUUAGCAUUGUGCAAUAACCGCAGACUUACCAUAUUUGUAAUCUCAAUUCUGCAUUAUAGUAGUGUCUUUCAAGAUUAGUGAUUCCUAAAUAAAACAGACACAUGCAUAAAAGACAAACCUAUGCAGUAACAUUUUGUAACCUGUACCACUUAACGUUUUUUAAUAAUUGACUAAAAAUAUUCUAAUUCAUUUUUUUAAAUGAAAGAACUUUGUUCUUUCAGUAACUAGGGUCAUUUUGCACUUCAGAAAUGCAAGCUAAAUGAAGAUAAUCCUGUAAAUUUAUAAAUUGCUGUACACAAACAGCCCAAUUCAAAUUAAAAGAAAAUUGCAUUUUUUUUAAAGAACACUUUUUUUUUUUAAUAUACAAAAGAAUAUAUUUGGCUGCUCCUAGGUGUCACAAGAGUUAGAUCAUUCGCAGUCCUAUGACUACAACAAGGUUCAAGGUGCAACUUCUUCGGAACUGCACUGCUACCACCAUCCAGGACAUAGAAGACUGUGAUUAGCUCUUUUGGUAAACAGCAUAGUUGCAUGUCUGAAGGGUAAUACCUUCAGUAGAAUGUUUUUUUUAUCUGUGGAAGUGAACUCCCUUGAAUUUUCAUAUUUAGUGGAUUAUCUGAUUGAAUUAGCUAUGCUGAUUUGUCUCAGGGGAAGCUUAUCAUGUUUUUUAAUGGUGAAGAGCUUUGCUUUUCUGUUAAACACCUGUCUGCUCCUUUAUUUAAACACCUUUGCUCCUAGAGACAUGGGUUUUGUGUGAAAUACCUGCAGACUAGUGCCUGCUGCUUGUGUUACUUGAAACAUCAGAACUGAUGUGCUGAGUAUUGGAUUUCAUCCCUCUUGUUUUUUCAAACUUAGAAAAGGGACAUAUAAAAUGAAUGGUUUAAUGUCACUAGGCAGUGAAGUCAGGGGAUUUUUUCCAGAACUCAUGCAAGAAACAUGGAAGGCAACUAUACUCUGCAGUGUUUUAGCCUACAGGUUUGUGGAAGUUUUCAACUUUGAACUGUAAACUAAAAUGAUGAAACAUUAACAACAUGCUUUACUGUCAUAAUAUUGUAUUGCUGACUAGUGAAUUGUCACUUAUAGAUUUAUGCUGAACUUAAAUAGUGUGCAUUUAUACAAUUAAGCCAAGUGAUAGACUGAGGUGUAAUAUUGUUUAGUCAUUAGGAAUGUGUAUUGUUUGCAUUUCUUAAUGUAAUUUAUUAACAAUCUCCAAUGCUGUUGGAAUAAGCACAAGUGCUAAAUUAUCCCUUUUAAGCGUCAUUUAAAAACUGGAGCAGGAUACUAUUAAAAUAAUCAUGUUUGUUACUUAUGUAAACUCAGUCAUUUUUAAAGAGAAUAUUUAAUACUCAGGAUGAUUUCGUAGUUUUACUUUCAACCCUCCAGUGGUUGCAUCCCAUAUUUAGGGACUUCUCUUAAAAUCCUGAUGAGAUGCUGUCAAGUGGGCUGUUAAAAUCUAAGACAAUGUUUUGCCACCAAACAUUUCAUUUUACCUCAUUCCAUAAACUAUAAACCUGUGUCUUCACUUAACUUCCUCAGUAGCUAAAGCUGGUAAACCAGUAUCUUAUAUUGAGGAUUUUGUCCCCUUUCCAUUUGAAAGGGAAUGUCCUGUUCAGACUGCCUGUGCCUCCAAUGUGAGAAUCAGACAUCAGUCACCUACUUUUUACUUUUUCCCUCUAGCCCUGAUGGUGAACUUUAAAAAGAGAAUCUGUGACUUACAAGUUAGAGCUCUACAGACAAAAGAUGAUCUUGCCUUCUACAAAAAUACCACUUGCUUCUAAAUCUCCUAUCUUCUGUACAUACUUCUGCCUCUGUUCUGUGGUUCUGUAGAUCAUUGCUUUAAAUGGCAUCAGAUACUUGUGACCUGCAGAAUCAUUUCACUGAAGCAGUGAGUGUUAAGUUCUUUAAAAAUUAGUCUAUAAGCAGAUCUUUAAUCAAUAUAAAAAGAGGGAGGGAACAAGGAGGAAAGGGCUCUAACUAAAAUAUUCCUUACUUGGGGGAGACGGCGAGGAGGGGGCAGUUACACAGGCUUAAAGGUAUCUCUACCAGUAUAACUUUAUUCUUUUUCUGUAUAGGACUAACGAUAACCAUUUUAAUUCUUACACUGCUGUUAAACCCAUAUGAAGGAGGCAGGUUGUACUGCUCUAACAUUGGUACUACUAAAGCAGUAUAACUUAACUGUAGAUAAAUCUGAAAAAUUUAGCAUAGAACUCAGUAUCAAAACCUGGAGAGAAAAUACUGUGCUUUGUUGUGUCAUUUAUUGCUUGUUUUCAGAAUAACCCAGCUCAGCUUUCUUUAUGGGAUACUACAGCUUUGGGAUAGCAUAGCAACAUAGCAUGAUACAUAGAGGGAGAAGUAGCUAAACAUUCAAAAGAGUUUCAUUUUCCUGAAGCAAAAAAAUUACAAUAGAUGCAAAUAAGAUAACUGCCAAAGAACAGCAGAACUUGAAAUGCAGCGCAUUAAAUAAUGGUUAUGUGUAUUCAAUGUUAUAUUUGAAUGUAAUUCUUCUAAUAUUAAAUUUUAUUUUGAAA